GGAGCGUUUGGGCCAAAACGCGAAUGAACAUCGACCGUGGAAGUUGACUGCUGAAGUACAAAGCGCUAGGCUGAAGUAUACGAAAUUCAUGUGAGACUAGCGAGCCGCGGCCUCACUAGCCAAAGCUAGCCACCAAAAACCAAAAAAAAAAAAAAACAGGCAGCAGCAGGAGCAGCUCACACACACACACACAACCGCCAGGACCCGCAUCAUCAUAUCCUUCCUGCCAGGCCGUCGCCACUGCUGCCGCCCCCCCCGCUCCCCUCGCAGGAGUCUCGCUUCGUUAAACGCUGCUCAAAACCCAUCAUCUAACUAAUAAAGCGGGCGAUAAACAAGCACAUUGAGUACCGCAGAGAGAGCCAAGUGGAGCUAUUAACGGUAGUCUGGAACGCAGAGCAUUGGCAACAUUUUUUAGUAGGAGGAAAAACACAACAAAACAAAAUGCCGCCAAAUGCAAAAUCGGAAGCGGACGCCAAACCGGAAGCGGAACCAGCGCCAGCGUCCGAGCCGGCAGCGGAACUGGAGUCCGUGGACCAGAAGCUGGAAGAAACACAUCACUCCAAAUUCCGUGAGGUGGACAGGCAGGAGCAGGAGGUCCUCGCUGAAAAGGCGGCGGAAGCGGCCAGUCAAAGAAUCGCACAGGUGGAAUCAACAACACGAAGUGCAACCACAGAGGCUCCGGAAUCAUCUACCACCUCAUUGCCGGUGAUCAAAAAGAUCGAGCAUGUCGGCGAAGUGGUCACCGAGGUGAUCGCGGAGCGCACGGGCCUGCCCACUUGGGGCGUGGUGGCCAUCAUCAUACUCGUGUUCCUCGUCGUCUUUGGUAUAAUCUUCUUCUGUGUGCGGAGAUUCCUGAAGAAGCGAAGAACCAAAGAUGGUAAGGGUAAGAAGGGUGUCGACAUGAAGUCGGUACAGUUGUUGGGAUCGGCGUACAAGGAGAAAGUUCAGCCUGAUAUGGAGGAACUCACCGAAAAUGCCGAAGAGGGUGACGAGGAGGACAAGCAGAGCGAACAGAAGCUGGGGCGUCUCAACUUCAAGCUGGAAUACGAUUUCAACUCCAAUAGUUUGGCCGUGACGGUAAUCCAAGCUGAGGAACUUCCCGCCCUGGAUAUGGGCGGUACUUCGGAUCCCUAUGUCAAGGUGUACUUGCUGCCCGACAAGAAAAAGAAGUUCGAGACCAAGGUGCACCGCAAGACCCUGAGUCCGGUCUUCAACGAAACGUUUACCUUUAAGAGUUUGCCCUAUGCCGAUGCCAUGAACAAGACGCUCGUGUUUGCCAUUUUCGACUUUGAUCGCUUCUCGAAGCACGACCAGAUCGGCGAGGUGAAGGUGCCCCUGUGCACCAUUGACCUGGCGCAGACGAUCGAGGAGUGGCGCGACCUGGUCAGCGUUGAAGGGGAGGGCGGACAGGAAAAGCUGGGAGACAUCUGCUUCUCGCUGCGAUACGUGCCGACUGCCGGAAAGCUAACCGUUGUCAUCCUGGAGGCCAAGAACUUGAAGAAGAUGGACGUGGGCGGAUUGUCUGAUCCAUAUGUGAAAAUUGCAAUCAUGCAAAAUGGCAAACGUUUGAAAAAGAAGAAGACAAGUAUCAAAAAAUGCACCCUCAACCCUUACUAUAAUGAGUCGUUCUCAUUUGAAGUACCAUUUGAACAAAUACAAGUAUGCGAGAAUGUAUUAUACUAUCCUAUAAAAAUACCACAACUACUACUACUACUACUACUCUACUACUACUGCCUACAAACUUACCUACUACUACUGUUACUACUGUUACUGUCCUCUUCUGAACUAUCUACCAAACAAGCCAAACCAAACCGAGUUUUGAGUACCCAACCUCCCUCUAAACACACACUAGCCUACUUACGUGCAAUCGUUGUUGUUAAUUAUACUACAUAUAUACCGUAUAUAUAUAUCCAUUUAUUGAAUACUUGUAUUCCAAACCAAGCGACAACAACACCAAACUCUGAACCAAAACAACCGAACACUCUUAGAGACCAAUCUUCGUAUUACCCAUAAAGAUAUCUUAAAUUCCCCCAAAAACUAACUUAAUCAAUCUUUGUGUUCUAUAAGACGUAUCAAAAAAAAAAAAAAAAAAAAGUAUUUAAUGUUAAAUGUUGUAAUUUACAAUUUUAACCAAAAUUUGUUCAAAGCUUUUUUUAUUUUUGAUAAUCCCUAAUUUACUGUUGUAAAUAUUCAAAAAACAAAAAUGAAAAGCCCAAGAAAUUUAGCAAAUGUUAUGAUUUGUUGCCUUUGUUUGUGUAGUAUUUGAGAAAUAUUUGUGAAAUCUGAUUUCUGAUUUGAACUUGAGUUGUUAACCAGCCUCGAUGUGUGCUUAGCCCAGCUGAUUUGGUUUAUGUUUUAGUUUGUUAAAUGUGUAUUUGAUCGAUUUGAAGGCAAUCUGGCAAGAGGAAAAAGCAAUGACAAGCAGGCAUGCCUAGUGGCUUAGGAUUCCGUAAACUCAUGCAUUCUAGAUGCCCCACACACCGUCUUAGACGCAAUUUUGAAUGGAGAGCAAGCCGUAGUGUGCCCGCUUCGCUCGCAAUCGAGCAAAAAGCAAAAAGCAAGAAAGCAAUAAAGCAGAAAAGCAUCCAAGCAGUCGAAAAGCAGAAAAGCAUUAAUGCAAUAUGCAGCCAAGCACGAGCCUAACACACACUACGCUCACUCCAAAGAAGUACAGAAUAUACAACAACCUUAUACAAUAAUUCGAAUACCAACUUAAACUACUCUUUCCAUAAUACAAACUAUCGCAAACUCUUAUACCAGCGGCGUCAAUAAUGCACCACGCAGAAAUCAAAUCGCAGUGGGUACAUUAUUUUGACACUGUCUUCUGAUUUGAAUAUCGAAUACCAAUCGCACCACAACAGCUACAGUACAAAUACAGUAAUACACAGAAUAAAUACCCAAAAUAAGCCACCACAGAGAAGUAUAGCGUAUCACCAUCGAAUACCCAAUCAUCAUAAACCAACAUAUAGCCAAACGAUCUGGAAACUGGGAGAACUCUGUUACGGUUACGUUACGUGUGCUAGUCCAAGAAUAAGCCCCUGUCUAUAAGUAGGACCCCCCAUGCCAAGACCAAUUAACAAUGAACGACGAAUGGGAUUGAAUAUUAUACAUUUUCGUUUACACGUAUUUAAUGAACAUUUUUCUUUUUGCCACAGCUUAAGUGUCUGCAUUCAAGUAUCGAGAAAAGUAAUUUGUUCAUUAGCCCCCAAAGGUUAAAAGAGACGAGAUUUAUACCCGUCUCUACAUAUAUAUCUGCCGACAUCUUCAUUUGCUUCUCACCUUACGCUAAUCAAAAGCUUUUAGGAAGUUCUUGAGUUUAUUUUCCAACAUUUAUUAUUUUAAGCUACUCAUUCUUAGCUUUAGACAUUUGCAUGAUCUGCUUGAUAACUCACAACCAACAAAAAAAAAUCAAAAAGGUAUGCUAAGAAUAAAAUACUCCACAGCAAGCAUUUUCCUUUUUGAAGGAGCUUUUUGUAAUGCUCGAACGCCUUUAGAUGUUAAAAAAAAAACUAAAAAAAAAUACCCUAACCGAAGUGCUUGUGCAAACUGGAAACUUUCCACCCAACGAUCUGUACGAUUAAACCUAGCCUGCACUGAAUCUGAUAUACAGCACUCUGCCAAAAAGCAAAAAAAAUACUCCACGUAGUGACGAAAACCUCUGUCUAUAACCUGCUUCCCAAUACAGCAUUCGUAGUGUCUGCCUGUUAGCGAACAACAGUUCCCACUUCUACCCCCAAAAAAAAAAAACAACUUAAAACCAAAACAGAACACGUAUAUCGAAAUACCGAAAAGUUCUUCAACUCAAAA